AAAAGAAAGAAAAAAGGAAAAAAAAGAAAAAUCGAAGAAAAAUGGGAGCCGUCGAUCUUCAGCUGCCACCUGGCUUCCGAUUCCACCCCACCGACGACGAGCUCGUGAUGCAUUACCUCUGCCGGAAAUGCGCUUCCCUGUCGAUCGCCGUCCCGAUUAUCGCCGAAAUUGACCUCUACAAAUACGACCCAUGGGAGCUUCCUGGCCUAGCGCUGUACGGGGAGAAGGAGUGGUACUUCUUUUCGCCGAGGGACCGGAAGUAUCCGAACGGGUCGAGACCCAACCGGGCCGCGGGCCAUGGGUAUUGGAAGGCAACUGGGGCCGAUAAGCCCAUUGGGCACCCGAAGCCCGUUGGAAUCAAGAAGGCCCUGGUUUUCUACUCUGGAAAGGCCCCUAAAGGGGAGAAGACCAAUUGGAUCAUGCACGAGUACCGCCUUGCUGACGUGGACCGCUCGGCCCGUAAGAAGAACAACAGUCUUCGGCUGGACGACUGGGUGCUGUGCCGCAUCUACAACAAGAAGGGGACGAUUGAGCCGCCGGCGGAGCCGAACGCGAGCAGCCACGACGUUGGGAGCGGGCUGACGUCGGAAGAGGACACGAAGCCCGUCAUCCUGACGCCGGUGCCGGAGACGAGGCCGAUGGUGUACGAGGACUUCUACUUCGGCCCGUCGGAAUCCGUCCCGCGCCUGCACGGCGGCGGAGGCGGGCCCGCCUACUCAAGCUGCUCGGAGCACGUGCUGUCGCCGGAGGUUGAGAGCGCGCCGAAGCUCGGCGAGUGGGAGGGCUCGGCGCUCGACUUCCCUUUCGACUACAUCGGCGCCGGCGCCGGUGACGCCGCCGUAUCGCUGAUGGGCCCGCAGUUCGCGGGGGGUUUUCAGCCGAUGGAGCCGAUGAGCGAGGUGUACGCGUACAUGACCAAGCCGUUCUGAGGACGUGGGGCCCGCGCGCGUGGCACAGGAGACUCUUUGUUGUCGUUGGGUCUGUGAGUGUGCACGCGCGGCUCGGAGCGUUGGCACUGAGCGUAGUGGGGUUUAGUGUGUGGCUACAGUGGUUUAUCAUCUUUUUUAAGUGUUUUUUGUAUUUAGAUUAAUU